AUGUCGACAUCAUCCGCAUCGGGCGAGGCACACCUUGUCAUCGGUGGCGCUGGCUUCCUCGGCUCACGCAUCGCUCUGGCUCUUCGUCAACGGGGCGAGAAGUACGUCUCCGUCUUUGAUCUGCAUCCCGCCCGACAGCCCAUCGAAAAGGUCGAGUACUACACGGGCGACAUCACCUCCGAAUCCUCGCUUCGAGACGCUUUAAUCCAGGUCCGAGACAAAGCCGGCAUCGAGGCGGGCGCUGGCAAGGGCGUGGUCAUCUACCACACCGCAAGUCCGGUCGCUGGUUUGGGACCGGAAAUCUACCACAAGGUCAACGUCGUCGGCACACAGACCGUCAUCGCUGUGGCCAACAAGCCGGAGCUCGCUGUCACCAAGCUCGUCUUCACAUCCAGCGCAGGCGUCGUCUACGACGGCAACGAUCUGAUCAACGUGGACGAGCGUCUUCCUUACCCCAAGAAACCGCUCGAUGCGUACAACGAUACAAAGGCGAAAGCGGAGCAGCUCGUCUUGCAAGCCAACAACGACCAGGCGGGCAAGCUCAAGACUGUUGCGAUCCGUCCGGCUGGCAUCUUUGGUAUCGGCGACCGACAGGCGCUGCCCGGCUUCUUCAACGUGCUGCGCACCGGCAAGACCAAGUUCCAGAUCGGCGACAACGACAAUCUCUUCGACUGGACCUACGUCGACAAUGUGGUGCACGCACAUCUGCUUGCUGCCGAUAAGCUCCAUUCCCCUGGCUAUUCCGCUGACAAGCUCGGCGACGUCAUGAUCUCGUCCAAGGUGAUCGCGAAUGACGAGCUCGAAUCCCAACGUGCAGUGCCCACCAGUGAAGCGAGAGAAGACACUCCUGCCGGGUCCAAGGACUACGCGCGCAAGCUGCCCACCACGUUGAGCCCCGACACGCUUGAACACGAGCUCAACGUGCGACCCGUGAUCCGCAACAAGUACGAUCAGUUCUUCCACAUGAUGAACCCGGAACUCGUCAGCCCAGGCAACCCGCUCGGUGACCAGUUCCCGCUGGUGGAGGAAACGGUGCCAGUCGCGGGAGAGGCAUUCUUCAUCACCAACGGCCAACCCAUUCCUUUCUGGGACUUCCCACGCGCGUUGUGGGCAGGCAUGGGACACGUGAUGCCAGAGUCGAAGGUUUGGAAGCUUUCCAAGGAGACCGGUCUCACCUUGGCUGGCUUCGCUGAAACGUUCGGCUGGCUGACGGGAAGAGAGGUGCAGUUCACCAAGUACAAGGUGACCUACUCGGCAAGCUCGCGAUACUACAACAUCGAAAAGGCGCGUAGAGCGCUCGGCUACUCGCCCAUCGUCAGCGUCCAAGAAGGUAUCCGCAGGAGUGUCGAUUGGUGGAAGAGCGAGCACCCGGAGGACGUCGUCACGGGCAAAGCCUGA